CUCACUCACUCCUCUCACUCCCCUAUCGCUGUCGGUUUAUCUGUCUAUCUGUCUAUCUGUCCCCUCUUUUUCCAAUCCCUUCCUUACGUUCUUUUCCCUUCAGUGCCGGUCGGCUGUCACAUUCUCCUAUCUUUUGAAUCCUUUCUAUCGUCCUCCCCCUUUUCCUCCGUCGAGCGCACCUUUGAUUCCAUUCCACUGAUUGAUUAAGUUGCGCACUCGGGCCCACCGGCUCCCGCCGCACUUCCCCGUCCCCUGAUCCCCUGAUUCUCUACCACCCAAGAGCAAGAGCUCUGCACCGUCAAGAUGAGUCGCACGGAGGCUGAUUUGGCCAUCAACAUUCGCAAAGCUACCAGUAUCGAGGAAACCGCCCCGAAACGGAAACAUGUUCGGAGCUGCAUCGUCUAUACAUGGGACCAUAAAUCCUCUGCGGCCUUCUGGGCUGGGAUGAAGGUCCAGCCGGUUCUUGCCGACGAGGUGCAAACUUUCAAAGCGCUUAUCACGAUCCACAAGGUGCUGCAAGAGGGCCACCCGAUAGUGAUCCGUGAAGCGCAACAACAUGCCAACUGGAUUGACAGCCUCAUGCGAGGUGUCGGGGGUGAGGGUAUUCGAGGAUACGGACCCCUGAUCCGGGAGUAUGUCUACUUCCUCGAGUCGAAGCUUGCCUUCCACCGGAACCACCCCGAGUUCAAUGGCCUCUUCGAGUACGAGGAGUACAUCAGUCUGAAGACGAUCAAUGAUCCUAAUGAGGGCUACGAGACUAUUAGCGACCUCAUGACUCUACAGGACCAGAUCGAUGCCUUCCAGAAACUCAUUUUCUCGCAUUUCCAGUCGGGCACAAACAACGAAUGCCGGAUCUCUGCGUUGGUUCCGCUGGUGCAGGAGAGCUACGGCAUUUACAAGUUCAUUACCAGCAUGCUAAGGGCUAUGCACACAACGACUGGUGACCACGAUGCCUUGGAGCCUCUCCGUGGCCGAUAUGACGCCCAACACUACCGCCUCGUGCGGUUCUAUUACGAAUGCUCCAAUCUGCGGUACCUCACCAGUUUAAUUACUGUUCCCAAGCUGCCGCAGGAUCCCCCCAAUCUCCUGUCAGAAGACGAUGAUCGUCCCGCUCUUCCGAGAAGACCGGCCAAAGAGGCCGAGCCCGAACCCACCCCACCCCCCAAGCCGGUGGCUGCAGAUCCAGAACCCAUCAACGACUUCUGGACCACCGAAGCGAAGCGCCAGCAGGAGGAAUACGAGGCGGAGCAGCGCCGCUUGCAACAACAGUGGGAGGAACAACAGCGCCAACAACUCCUGGCACAGCAGCAGGCGCAGCAGGAUUUUGAGGAACAACAACGCCUCCAGGCGGAGCAACAGCGUCUGGCUCAUGAGCAGUUGUUGCGCGAUCAAUACCAGACUCAAACACAAGGUCGACUCGCUGAGCUUGAACAAGAGAACUUGAAUGCUCGGGCUCAAUAUGAGCGCGAUCAGUUGAUGCUGCAACAGUACGAUCGCAGAGUCAAGGACCUGGAGGAACAGAUGAACCAGUUAACCGCGAACUUGAACCUGCAAAAUGCUUCCAAGGAUGAUCAAAUCCGAUCCUUGCAGGAGCAAGUGAACACCUGGCGGUCCAAGUAUGAGGCUCUAGCUAAGCUUUACUCGCAACUGCGCCAAGAACAUCUGGAUCUGCUGCAGACCACGAAGAGCCUCAAGCUCAAGGCUGCGUCAGCCCAGGAGGCGAUCGAGCGGCGUGAGAAGCUCGAACGUGAGCUCAAGACCAAAAACUUGGAGCUGGCCGACAUGAUUCGCGAGAGAGACCGCGCACUGCAUGACAGAGAUCGUUUGACGGGCAACAACAAGGAGGAGCUAGAGAAACUCAAGCGGGAGCUCCGAAUGGCCCUUGAUCGCGCAGAGAACGCCGAGCGCUCGAAGGGUACCGAGAUCUCCACAUUGUUGUCGAAAUACAACCGUGAGAUGGCCGAUCUGGAGGAGUCUCUCAGGAAAAAAACCCGUGCGCUGGAGGAGUACUCUUCCAGAAACUCGGAACGCGAUGGCGACCACGAGCUCGUUCUUCGCGAAAAGGACGAGGAAAUCGAGGUGUACAAGUCCGGAAUGGAGCAGGCUCUGAUGGAACUCGAAGAGUUGAAACUGAGCCAAGGCGAUGUCGACACAGCUCUUGAUACUCAAAUUGAUCAAGUCUUGCACGGCACAGUGGCCAAGAUCAACGACAUCAUCGAUUCCGUUCUUCAAACUGGUGUUCAGCGGGUCGAUGAUGCUUUGUACGAAGUGGACUCUACUAUGCAGGCUGGUAACCAGAAUGCCUCGCCUCCCUAUGUGCUUUCCCAGAUCGAGAAGGCGUCUGCGUCGGCAACCGAGUUCUCCACUGCCUUUAACAACUUCAUCGCCGAUGGACCUAACAGCACGCACGCGGAGAUCAUCCGUACAGUGUCGAUCUUUUCCGGCUCCAUUGCCGAUGUCCUCAGCAACACGAAGGGACUGACUCGCCUCGCUAAGGACGACAAGAACGCCGAUCAGCUGCUGAACGCCGCCCGUAAGUCUGCACAGGCCACAGUACGGUUCUUCCGGGGCCUGCAGUCGUUCCGACUGGAGGGACUGGAGGCUCUGCAGAAGACCGACGUGGUGAUCAACAACAACCUGGAGGUGCAAAGAGACUUGCAGGCUUUGUCGAAGUUGGUCGACGUGUUCGCGCCCAAGAGCGCGAGAAUCACCACGAAUGGCGACCUCGGCGACCUUGUCGACCAGGAGCUUCUGAAGGCGGCGGAUGCCAUCGAUGCUGCGGCGCAGCGCCUGGCGAAGCUCAAAAAGAAGCCUCGGGAUGGCUACACCACGUAUGAGCUUCGCAUCAACGACGUUAUCCUGGAAGCUGCUAUUGCCGUGACCAGCGCCAUCGCUGAGUUGAUCAAGGCGGCGACCGAGUCGCAGCAGGAGAUCGUCCGCGAGGGCCGUGGUAGCUCGUCGCGCACUGCUUUCUACAAGAAGAACAACCGUUGGACGGAGGGGUUGAUCUCGGCAGCCAAGGCCGUCGCCAACUCGACCAACACUCUGAUCGAGACGGCCGAUGGGGUGAUUUCCGGCCGCAACUCGCCCGAGCAGCUGAUCGUGGCCAGUAACGACGUGGCUGCUAGCACGGCUCAGCUGGUGGCGGCCAGCCGUGUCAAAGCUAGCUUCAUGAGCAAGACCCAAGACCGCCUGGAGAGCGCUAGCAAGGCCGUUGGCGCCGCGUGCCGGGCUUUGGUGCGGCAGGUGCAGAGUAUUAUCAAGGAGAAGAACCAGGAGGACAACGAAGCGGUCGACUACAGCAAGCUCGGCUCCCAUGAGUUCAAGGUGCGGGAGAUGGAGCAACAGGUCGAAAUUCUGCAGCUGGAGAACAGUCUUGCUCGCGCCCGCCAACGCCUGGGAGAGAUGCGCAAGAUCUCCUACCAGGAAGAGUAAUUGCGCGGGAUUGAUUGAUGUGACUGAGAAGUGGGUGGUUUUUGUGUAUUGCAAUGGUUGUCAGCGCCGUUGUACCUAUUAUUUCGUCGGUUCCAAUGACCGACCCAGGGCCCUUCUCUUGAUUCUCUUUACUUUCUUGUCAUCGCCCUUCCUUCCCAUUUCCCUUUUCCCGUUAUUGGCAGUCGUGCAUGGCAUUGGUUUUGCACUGUUGUUAUUUAUUCUAUCUGCAGCCAAUACACCUCUCCCGGUCGCUUUCAGUUCGUUGGAUAUACCACGAGUCCGCCCUUGCGCUCUUUCUCUCACUAAAUUACUCGAUAGCAUCCUUGUCCAGGUUUGAGCCACGUUGUAAAUUGUACCAAGGCAUGACCAGUUGCGCGCUGCCUUACAUAUAUUAUGGCCACUCGAG